CCAGAAAGGGAAGUCGUGCUGCGGUGAAGCCAGUCUUUAUCUCAGAGGCCAAGAGCCGCUUUGCAAAUUUGUAGUAUCAUUUCCCUAAACAACGGGGGCCUGAGCUGGACUUUGGUUCCUCAGUUCUACAUGUUCCUGCCGCUCCGGAGGCAGAAACCCAGCUCGGAGCUCUUUGUUCUGUCAAUUGUGAGCGCUGCCUGCAGAGUUGAGCUAACGUUUCCUUCCACCAUGUGUGACUACGGAAUGGCGUGGACAAGCGAAGGAUGGGACGGACUAGACCUCUCUGCCUUCUAGAGAGACGAUGGAAACAUCGUUGCUUUUCUUUUCUCAACGGAAUAUGUGCGAAUCCAAGGAAAAAACUUUUUUCAAGUUAAUGCAUGGUUCAGCAAAAGAAGAAGCAAGCAAAGAAGCCAAAAUCAGAGCGAAGGAGAAAAGGAACCGGCUAAGCCUUCUCCUGCAGAAAUCCGAGUUCCAUGAGGAGCCGCAGGCCAGGAGGUCUGCGCACUUGACCAGAGUAACCAGAGUCUGCCCGGAAGAAGCAAUACGAUGGGGCGAAUCAUUUGAUAAACUGCUUUCCCAUAAAGAUGGACUGGAGACUUUUACCCAAUUUCUUAAAACCGAAUUCAGCGAGGAAAACAUUGAAUUCUGGAUGGCCUGCGAAGACUUCAAGAAAAGCAAAGACCCUCAACAAAUGAUCUUUAAAGCAAAAGCAAUAUAUGAGAAAUUUAUCCAGAAUGAUGCCCCACAAGAGGUUAACCUUGAUUUUCACACCAAAGAACUCAUCGGGAAGAGCAUCACGCAGCCCACCCUGCACAGUUUUGAUGCUGCUCAGAGCAGAGUGUAUCAGCUGAUGGAACAAGACAGCUACACGCGGUUUCUGAAAUCUGACAUCUAUUCAGACUUGAUAGAAGGAAGACCUCAGAGAACCAACAAUCUGAGAAGGCGGUCACGUUCUUUCACCUACAACGAAUUCCAGGACGUGAAGUCGGAUGUUGCCAUUUGGUUCUAAAGAAAAUUAAUUUUGCUCAUUUUGGGGGUGAGAUUGUACAUCUGCCUCUAAGACAUAGCCUAUGUGAACAAAUGGGUGCAUCAUUUAAAUAAAAUAUGUCGUGUAAGAGGAUUUUAAGAAUGUAAAUCAAAACUUUUAUUCUAACAAUACAUACUGUAUCUGCCAGUAUAUUCAGUCACACCUUCCAUUUGACUUCAUUCCAUACAUAAUCAGAAAAGUAGAUGUGAACAGACACUGAUAAAUGAAUAUCAACCAAAAAAUAAUAUGUAUGACACCUGAAAUGAUUAAGUAAAUUCAUUAAAAGAUCAAGAUUCAACCCAUAAAAUUUUAUUUAUCUACUAGAGGCCCAGUGCACAGAUUCGUGCACCGGUGGGGUCCCUCAGCCUGGCCUAGGGGAUCAGGCCGAAACUGGCUCUCCGACAUCCCCCGAGGGCCCGGAUUGCAAGAGGGGAGUUUUCAGGUGACACACCCCAGGAUCGGGCUCCAGAUUCGAGAACUGCAGCUGCCAAAUCACUGCAGCUCGGGCAGCUCCUGCGUGGUCUGUGUGCAUCAUAGCUACCAGUCAGAGAGUCUGACCCCUGGUGGUCAUUGCACAUCAUAGCUACCAGCCAGUUGGCUGGUCGGCUGGUUGGCUGGUCAGCCAGUUGCUUAGGCUUUUUAUAUACAGAUAUAAUUCCUAAGCCCAUCUAUUGUGAAAUAUAAUAAAUACAUUCACUUUAAAAAAUCACAUGAUUAUGAAGGCAACAAGAACUUUACAACUGAGUCUGUUAUUUACUUUUUGUUAGCCAAUUUAGGACAUAUUUUCUCCUUUUCUAUUUUUUUGUUUUUCUUCUUCUCCAGGUGGCUAUUGUGCCAAGAAUUUUAGUUAAAAGAAGUUUUCAGGGGGUUGCACCUACACAUAAAUAGAUCUAUAUCAACAGCUUGAUUUUUAAGAGAUAAAUAAAAAUUAUAAUUAUUCUUCAGUCUACUAAGUAUAAUUGCUCUACCACAGCAUACUAUUUAUCCCUCAUAAAGGGAAAUCCUUAGGCAGAUGUUGCAGGUAUUAUAAACAGACAAUAUUUAUACUUUGCAGAGGAUUUUGCUUUAAAAUUAGGAUUACAAAUAACAGAUAAAAAGUAAUUGGAGAAAAAUAAAAUCAAUAAAAUAACUAAAUAUUGUGUUCUAAAAAAAUCAUGUGAAAAGAAGUAUUUUUUAAUCCCUGAAUACUGAAAAUGUUAUUGCAUAUGUUCCAGCAACAUCAGUGUCUGUCUUAAAAAAGGAAAAGGUAUCUUCAUUUUCAAUUUUUCACACAGAACCUCUGAAGUAGAUAGGGGCCUCCAGAGAAUGCCUGAGUCAGAAAAUGCAUCUCUAAAGGUGGCGUUACAUAGUUAUCACAGCAGAGUAAUUGAUUAGUGCCUACUAAGUAUCAGGAUUCUCUUAUAAAAUACAGUAUCAGGUGAGUAUAUCAAAUACACCACCCUGUCAAAAAAGUCAUCUUGCUUGUUUUACUCGAAAUUAAACCUUAAAUCAGAACUGAACAUGAAACUAGAUUCUUUCUUUCAAGUGUAAUUUUGCUGGUGUUAUAAAUAUGUGUAGUGAAUAUACACAUGCAUAUCCAUCAUUAUUGAAAGAAACACAAGCUAUAUUUUAGAAUCAAUUGUUUUAAUUUUACUUUAUAUAUAAGUUGCUAAAGAUACUACAAUUUAAUUGAAUGUAAUAUUUGGAGCAAUGAAAGUUCAGAACCAACUGAACCUAGUUCAUAGGUCAUUUUAUUUUGUGGGGGAAAAAUGAACUAUUCUUACUGGUAUAGUAUCUAAAUGUGUUAGCCAUAAUUUCUAAAUGAGUUUAAAUUUCAGUCAUAUAUGUACACAUAUAUAUGUACACAUAUAUAUGUACACAGUUUCAGGCUUCCAGAUUUUUUUUUUAAGGACUGAGAUACUAAGUAUAGAUAGUUCUAUCUGGCUUUUAUACUGAAGACAUGCAUUACAUAUUAAAUGAGUUGAUCUCUUAAAAUCCAUUUUUAAAUAGAAGCUACCUUAAUUUUUAGAUAUUUAGUUGGAUAAUUUUUAAAGGACUUAAUUGGAGCUGUAGAUUUAUUCUUUUGUUUUAUAAAAACCCCUACUGAUUCGUUUUAAUACUAAUUGCUUCCAAGAGACUAAUAUAUCUAUAAAAAUAAAUUCAGGAAUGACUAACACUGGUAAAAAUUAAUAUUAUAAAAAGUAAAAACUGAAAUUGAUUAUAGAGGUUAAUUUUUGUCUCCUACGUUUUAAGGCUGAGUCUUUGGCCAAGAUAUAAACUGUGUUGUUUGGUCAGGUCUCUUCCAAGUGUAAGUGAUGAUUCAGACCAGACUUGACUUCAAUGAGAAGGGGGGGAAAGGAUUCAGAUAUCAAAGGUAACGCCACAAUGAUAAAUUUGCACUUUUUUUAUGAAUAUACCCUUUUAAAAAUUUCUAAUUAUGCUACACAAGAUAGCAUUGAAAAUCAUACCAAAAUGAUGAAUCACAUAGAAAGAAAUGUGUAGGCUUUGACAGAAAUAGGGAAUAGGGGUAUGAUGGUGUGUAGGGCGGACAGGGGGAGAACCAGAGAAUUAAGAAAGAAUUGUGUACGUAUAUUAAUAUGUUGUAUGUAACUGAGUUAUAGACUUCAUUAAAUGAUUAUGGAAUCUGUUUGUUUUUAUUUUGCAAGCCCCGAAGCCAACAAGCUUGACAAUUUUACUACUUCAUAUGCUAUUCUUUUUUCUACAUCUUUUAAAAUUAAAAUUUCUAAAAUAUCAA